AUUUGCUACCGCCUGAUUGACAGUUUGAUCAAUCCAGCAGCACUGAUGCUCUUCUCUGACAUCACCAAUGCUGUAGAUGUUCUCCUGCCUUCAGAUGCUGGGCUGUUACAGAGUUUUCUGGAUGCUUUUGUAGAAUCAGCUGACAGCCCCUAUGGUUGUCUGGUAAUACAUGGCCGUGUUGUGACAGCAACGAAGAAAUGGUGGGACUUAACUGCAACAGAACUGCUCCUUCUGUCCUUCCUCAUUGGCUCCUUCUCUAGUUGCUCUUCCAGGGAUGUGCCCAUUUACCUGCCGCAGAGCAGCCCAACUAUUCCUCAUCGACUUCUCACCUUUGAACUUCUCGCACACGUGGAGGUGUGUGUUAUAUGUGGACCAACACCCUCACUGGCAGAUCUGCAGAGAGAGAUACCAAGAUUCUGGUCAUCUGCCACAGAAACGCUAAAAUCAACUCGGCAGAUUUAUCCUCGCAACUUCCCUGCCAAUAUCGCCAUCGAUGCAAAUAUUCUUGGCUUUCUCCUAGUGAACACAGUCACAAAGAGGUGUCUCAGCUCUGUGAAUGCCAGGAGACAGAAAGAAGAAACAAUCAAGAUAGAAAAAAGGAGGGCCAUUCUGCGAUCGUUUUAUAAACAUGUUGUAGGCACAUACUUUUCCAGUAGUGUUCCUGGCACAGAAGCAGGUCCUGCAGAGUUCAGUCACCAGCCUACAGACACAUAUAUUGUCUGCUCCAGCUACAAGUGUUACGCUCACCUGGCUGGGCAUUUCCAGAUUUUUAUCCUCUAUUCUACAAAAAUCCCAACUUUUGCCAUGAGGUCCAUCAGCCAGAAAACUCUGCAGCUGUUUACCAAAGACAAAAAUUUACAGCUUUAG